UUUGAAAGUAUUGGUGAUGGGCUUUUGAUUGUGGAUAUUCGUGCUGGAAAUUUGCACUAUGAAAAACAAGUUACUUUAAGUAGUGAAGUUGCUGAACAAUCAACAAUUCAUACUGAACUUUUAGA